UGUUUUUAACUCGUAAUUUAAUGACUUAAUAUAAAUGGAGUCAGUGUUGAAUGUUGCUGAGAAGCCUUCUGUGGCUCGUAGUAUAUCGGACAUUCUUUCGGGAGGUCGUAUGCGUUCUGAGAUGAGCAAUGCACGUACCAAUCCUGUAUAUUCGUUUACGGCUCCCCUCGAGGGUCGUCAUUGCAAAAUGUACUUCACUUCAGUUCGAGGUCACUUAAUGGAGAUUGAUUUUGACGCUAGAUAUCGCAAUUGGCAGCGUACUCCUAUAGAAAGUUUAUUCUGUGCUCCUAUUCAAGCUGCAGUAUCGUCUAAUUGCAAGGACAUUGAGAAGAACCUUUUACACUAUGCUAGGAUGUGCAGCAAACUCGUUCUUUGGUUGGAUUGUGACCGUGAGGGUGAGGCCAUUGCUUAUGAGGUGAUGGCUGUAUGUCAGCGUGUAAACUCUGCGAUAGCAAUUCGCCGUGCUAUUUUUUCUGCUGUCACUCGUCACGAAAUUGAAACUGCGUGUGCCACUUUACGUGAACCUAAUCCUAAUUUAGCUCAGGCAGUUGAGGCUAGGCAGGAGAUUGACCUACGUAUUGGUUCUUCCAUGACUAGAUUUAUGACCACUCGAUAUCGUGAGCGCAUAGAUACUGAGUCUAAGGUUUUGAGUUACGGUCCUUGUCAGCUUCCUACGUUAGGAUUUGUGGUUGAUCGUUUUUUCAAGAUAGAGAGUUUCCAGCCUGAAUCCUUUUGGUCCAUUCAGGUGUUUAUAGAGUCUGGUGGGAAGGACUACUUAUUCCGUUGGGACCGCGUGAAGUUAUUUGACCGUUUGGCGGUGCUUACUUUAUAUGAGGCGUGUCUGGAGAAUCCUAUGGCUAAGGUUACUCAUGUAUCCAACAGAUCAACUAAGCGUUAUCCUCCAUUACCUUUGGACACUGUGGAGAUGCACAAGGAUGCUGCAAUGCAUCUUAAGAUAUCUUCACAUGAGAGCAUGCGUCUUGCUGAAUCAUUGUACAACAAGGGUUAUGUCAGUUACCCUCGCACUGAGACGAAUGUAUUUCCAUCAAGUAUGAAUUUGCGUGAUUUGGUUGGCAUGUUCUCUAGUCAUCCUCUAUUUGGUGAAUAUGCCAAUCGCCUUUUGCAAGGUGAAAUAAUCCCGCGUAAGGGCAAUAAAAACGAUGAGGCGCAUCCGCCUAUCCAUCCUGUAAAGCCUCUAAGGCGUGAAGAGGCUGAAUCACCUCAGAGCUGGGAUCUCUAUGUAUAUAUCACACGUCGAUUUCUUGCUUGUUGCAGUCCUGCUGCCGUUGGUGAUGAAUCAAUAGUAUUUUUGGAUAUUUCCGGCGAAGGUUUCCACGCUAAGGGCCUAGUAGUUCGUGAGCGCAACUGGCUGGAUAUAUAUCCAUAUGCCUCAUGGAACGGGACUCCCAUUCCUGCUAUGGAGGAGGGUCAGGAGUUAAUGCCAUCUAGGAUACUGUUAUCUGAUGGUUGCACGCGUCCUCCUGGUUUAUUGACGGAAACCGAUUUGAUUGACCUUAUGAACAAGCAUGGCAUUGGUACUGACGCUACGAUGCACGAGCACAUUCAGAAGGUCCAGGACCGUCGUUACGUGAAAAAGGAGAGUAACUUCACGUUAAUUCCUACUAACCUUGGUAAGGCCUUAUACAAUGCUUUUAAGAGCUAUGCUCAUCAACAAAUUGACCUCACCAAGCCUAAUCUGCGUGCUCUUAUGGAGAGCGACAUAUGUGCCAUAGCUGAGGGUUCGCAGGAUAAGGGUGACGUGGUUAACAAAUAUUCUCAGCAGAUGCGUCAGAUAUAUCUACACAUUGAAGGUUCCAUUGGCGCCUUUGACGAGUCUAUGAAUGGGUUACAGGACGUUUCACCUGACGCCGCUCCUAUGCCUAUAUACCAGGUUAUUCGGUAG